AUGGCGAUUGUGUAUUUGAGAGAAACUGGGGAGAUUGAAGGGAUUGGAGGUGGGUUUCUUGUGGUGUUGGAGGUUCCUGUCCUGGCGUUCUGGUCUGGUGUUGCGGUGGAAAGCCGGGAGCCGCAGCGAAAAUCACUACCCGCAUCUGGUUUAGCCGACGAGGUAUCACGUGCCACUGCUCGCAUCGAAGUAACCAAGUACUUCACAUCUGCGCCUGAUAUUCAAGGCCUGAGAACUGCUAAUAGCACCAUGUUCGCUCGACGCGUUCUCAAGAGCCCCAGCUCAUUGGGCGCUCCCAAUCCCAAUAUCCUCCUCCGCCCCUUCACCAGUAGCACGGCACUCUCUCGAACCCCCGCGCUGGCCGAUAUCACCCCCGAUGGCGUAAAGUCAUUCGACACAAAGCAGAAAGUGUUCCGAGAGCGCAUAGCAGAACAGGCCAGGAAGCAAGAAGCAAGCGCAAUUCACUCACGGGCCGCUUCUGCAGAAUCCGCCGCCGCCGCAGCCGCGAGCGAGCAAGAUGAUUCCAAGGGCAAGGGCAAGCUCAGCAGCUUGAUCUAUGGUACCAAAGAGGGGAGGGCGUUGGAACGCGAGAUCGAGCUUUCCUUCUCGCAGGUGCUAGCGAGAGGAAAGUAUGUCCACAGUAUUGUGUUCCAUGAGGUGAAGCCUGAUAAGGUGGAUGAGUAUGUUGAAUUGGUUGGGAGCUGGUAUCCCCGGAUGGCGGGCAUGGCGGAGAACAAGGUGCAUUUAGUAGGAAGUUGGAGGACUGAGGUUGGCGAUUGCGAUACUUUUGUCCAUAUCUGGGAAUACCAGCGCUACCAAGGCUAUCACACCUCCCUACACAACAUUGCCAGCCACCCCGAAUUUCCCGCCUUCGACAAGAAGCUCAAAUCCCUCAUAACUGCCAAACGUACCUCGCUCAUGCAGGAAUUCUCCUUCUGGCCGACCACCUCCCCCCGCCAAUUGGGCGGCGUCUUCGAGCUUCGCUCCUACACCCUGCAUCCAGGCAACCUCCUUGAAUGGGAGACCCACUGGCGACGUGGCCUAGGUGCUAGAAGACAAGUGAUGGAGGGUGUAGGAGCUUGGUUCGUGCAAAUUGGCGAUUUGAACACGGUGCAUCAUCUCUGGCAAUUUGCCGAUUUGGAGGAGAGAAAGGUUCGGAGAGAGCAGAGCUGGAGUGUUGAGGGUUGGGGAGAUACGGUGCAUAAGACUGUGCCAUUGAUUCAGAGCAUGAAGAGUCGGAUUUUGAUUCCAAUGCCUUGGUCACCUGUCGCUUAA